AUGGCGACUCUCGUCGACGAGGAGAAGAAGGCGGAGCGCUUCAGCAUCAGCGAGCCCAAGCUUGACCUGGAGAUCGGCGAUGUGCACGACCUCGACGAGGCCGAGAUCUUCCUCCGCGACAACGGCUAUGGCCCGGAACGGCUGCAGGAGCUGCUCAGCGACGAGGCCGGGGUCAAGAGGCUGAUCCGCCGUGUUGAUCUGCGGCUGCUCCCCCUGCUCGCGGGCACCUAUGUGCUGCAAUACAUCGACAAGCAGGCGCUGUCGUACGCGGCCGUCUUCGACCUCUUCAGCGACACGGGCAUCAACCAGAAUCAGUACAGCUGGUUUCCCAGCAUGUUCUACCUCGCCUACCUCGUGGCAGAGUAUCCCUGGAGCGCGCUGGCCCAGCGGACGUACAUGGCCAAGGUCGUCUCUGGCUGCGUCGUCGUCUGGGGCGCCAUCCUGAUGCUCACGGCGACCAGCAGCAACUUUGCCGGCAUGGCCACCUGCCGCACCCUCCUCGGCGUCUUUGAGGCGCCUAUCACGCCCUGCUUCAUGAUGAUCGUGAGCAUGUGGUAUAUGCGGGACGAGCAGCCCUUUCGGGCCGGCGUAUUCUACAGCUGCAACGGCGUGGGUGCCAUGAUCGGCGGCAUCUUGUCGUACUGCAUCGGCCAGAUCGACACGUUCCCGGUGUGGAAGGCCAUCUUCCUGCUCUGCGGUGGUCUCACGGUGAUCUGGGGCGUGGUCAUGUACUUCUUCCUGCCCGACGACAUCAUGUCGGCGCGCCAGUUCAGCGUAGAGGACAAGGCCACGCUGAUCGCUCGAGGCAAGGUCGGACGCACCGGCAUCCUCAGCCGGAAGAUCAAGUGGAGCCAGAUGCGCGAGGCUUUUCUCGAUCCGCAGGUCUGGCUGUUGUUCCUCUUCACGCUGCUCAACGAGGUGAUCAACGGCGGCAUCGCCAACUUUGGCAAGCUCAUCAUCAAGGGCCUGGUGCACGACGCGCUCCGCACAACGGCGCUGGGCAUUCCGCUGGGUGCCUUCCAGAUCGUCUGGAUCCUGUCGGGCACCUACAUCGCCUCGCGCUUCCGCAACGUACGCACGUUUGUCAUGAUGGCCUACCUCGUACCCACGAUCAUCGGCGUGGCCCUGAUGUGGAAGCUGGAUCGUCACCACCAAAAGGUCGGCGUCCUGUUCGGCUACUACAUCUCGGGUGCCUAUGUUGCUUCCCUCGUCGUCACUCUCCAGAUGCCGGCGGCCAACCUGGCCGGAUACACGAAGCGAACCACGGGCACGGCCAUCGUCUUUGCCGCCUAUUGCAUCGGCAACGUUAUCGGCCCUCACGCCUUUCUCGACUCCGAGGCCCCCAUCUACCAGACUGGCUGCAAGGUGUGCAUGGCCUGUGCCAUCUGUCAGGUGGUCGUGGCUGUUUGUCUGCGCGUGCUGCUAGUCUGGCGGAACAAGCAGAAGGAUGUCGCACAAGGAGCGGUAGCUCUGGACGAUCCGGUUGUUGAUGAGCUGACCAAUGACAUCACCGACUUUGAGAAUCCGCGGUUCAGAUAUAUGCUUUGA